CUACUCAGGAAUGUUUCAUCCUUCUGACCCUUUUUGCAGCUCAUCUGUGUUUUCUAGGAUUGCUUUUUAUUCUGCCAGCAACUUUUUUCGCAUCUUUACGAGAAUCCGAUGGUUCAUCAACGGGCAGAUACCCCUCUUCAACCUCUAAAAGUAACUGAGAAUCUGUGCGGUCGCCCUCGCAUUCACUAGAACGGUUAUCUUCCUUCCCUUAGUCAUAACUUGGUGGACAAUUAUCCCGAUUCCGGGCGUGCAACGUAGCUUUCCAAGAGACGCUGAACUCCUUCUGACUAAAGGCUAAUCGCUCCACUCGAUUCCAGGCGAGGCAAACUUUUUGCGCACUCUGAGGCACUCCCCGACCGCUGCCCAUUGUAUUCCCAUCGGCGGGGACUGUUGUUCCCCACCAACCUGGGAUUCGGUCCAGAUGAGGAUCCGACGCAGAAGCUUCGGCCGCGCCUGGUGGCCCGAGAACAGGCCGACCGCGGGCUGCGUGAGCCCCGGAGAGACCAAUGGCGCGCCUUGGGAACGGGAGCGCAGCGCACUCCAGCCCGGGCCGGCCUGCCCCCCCUCACCCUUCCUCCAGGUGCUUCGGAGCGGGGGGGGGAAGGAGGAGGGAGGCGAGCGAGCAGUUCUGGCUCCGGGGCUGCCGCCGAAGAGCCGAGCCGCUUGGAGCCGGGCCAGCUUUUCCCCGCCCCUUGCCAGGAACAACCCCGUUCCCUUGGUAGCGGCGGCGGCGGCGGCGGCGCUGACGGGCACAACGGGCAGAGCGCGCCCCGCAGCCGCCCCAGCAUGUCGCCCUCGCCGCUUCCCCGCCGCGCGGUGCUGCUGGCGCCCAGCUCGCUCGCUCUGGUCCUGCGUCGCCGCCCGCCGGGGUCCCGGGAGGCGGCCGGGCCGGAGGCGGAGGCUGAGGCGGACUGCUGCGAGGACGAGGCGCGCGGCGCGGCCGUCUUCCAGGCGUUCCGCCGCGCCAACGCCGCCUCCCACUGGAACGCCGGGCUGGCGCGCGCCGUGGGGCGGGUGCGCCUGCAGGGCUGGCUGCGGGGCGGCGUGCUGCUCUUGCAAGGCCCCCCGGCGCCCCUGCAGCUCCUCCGCGACGCCUGGCUCCGCAGGGCGCUGCGGGCCCCCAAGGGCUUCCUCAUCCGAGCCGUAGGUGAUGUCUCUCCAGUGCAUAUGAAUCCAAUUUCCCAGUCUCAGUUUGUUCCCUUGGCAGAAGUCUUGUGUUGUGCUAUAUCUGAUAUGAAUGCAGCUCAUAUUACAGUUACACAGGAAGCCUUAUUACAUCAGUUGGGAAAACACUACCCAGGUAUUGCAACUCCCACCCAUGAUAUUCUCUACAGUACUCUUGGGAUGCUAAUUAAAGAGCGAAAGAUAUACCAUACUGGGGAAGGAUACUUCAUAGUAACCCCAAACACCUAUUUUAUCUCUGGUAAUAGCAAGAGGGCCUUGCUGGAAGACACAUGCCUUCCUGAGCCUUCUUUCACAUACCUGUUGGGCAUGGAAGAUGCUGCAGAGCUGCCACCAGAUCCUUUGCCUGUUGUAUCGCACUGUAGAUCCUGUUACUGUUUUCUUGGGCACAAUGAAGUGAAACCAACAAAAUGUCAGGAAUUAGUUAGCCAGGAGCCAAACGGGAAAAGUCAAAAAGAUUCCUGUGAAUCUUCAGUUCCAAAACCAAGUACAGAGUCACUUGCUGAUGGAAUCACCCACCCAGUACUUUCUGCGAAGGGAAAAGAUAAGGCUAAAAAGUUUAGUCUUAGCCUCUUUUGGCGCAACACUUCCAAGAAAGAAAAAGCUAAGAAAGCCCACUCUACAUUUUCUGCUCAGUUUCCUCCUGAGAAAUGGCCAGUCAGAGACGAAGAAAAUUUGGAGAAUAUUCCACGGGAUGUUGAACAUGAAAUCAUCAAGCGCAUCAAUCCCAUAUUGACUAUUGACAACUUGACUAAACAUGUAGCACUAAUGCAGAAAAUCGAAGAACAGAAGAAGUAUAUCAGCAAAGGAACCUCUACCGAAGUACUAACCACGAAGCACAAAUAUAUUUCAAAAGUACACAGUUGGAAAAAACAGAAUAAAGCAGCAAAGUGUCACCGAAAGGGGCAGCACAUUAAAGAAAAACGAGGGAAAUAUAAAACUAGUGAAUUGGUACUGGCUGAUGAAAAUUGGGCAAGCUCUGUUGAACAUCCAUUAUGUCCUCUUACAAGUGAAAUGAUGGUUUGCAAUAGAGAGCUGGCUGAUGAUGCAUUAGAUGUGGAGCCUCACUUUUUAUAUAAAAAGGAAAUCAAUAAUCCAUUUCAAGAUAUUCCAAAUAGAAGGAAUAAGUCAUCAAAAGUUUAUAAAAGUCAGAAAAAAUGUGAUAUAAACUCCAAGGCUGUUAGAUCAGAGAGGCAUUGUUCAUGGUCCCAGUCUUUAGAUUCCUCAAGAACCAUGGACUGUAAAGCUAAAGUCUCUCUCUCUGGGAAAUGUAAUGCUGAAGAUGAGAAAAAGAAACACUCAGGUCGCCAGCAGUGCCAAGCUUUACGAACAAAUGGCACACACAGAUCCUUGGCAGAGAGAGCCACUUGUAAGUGUAACCUGCAAAGAGGGACAGACUCCCAAAAUACAGUGGAGAUGCAAGAGGCUCCUAACAUUUAUGCUUCAUUCAGAAAUGAAGAAGAGAAAAAGCAUCCAGACAAAUCUAUUCAAACGCACUGUGAUAAAGCACAUAGGUGCAAUUUACCAAGUCAGCAUUCAGAUUGCUAUCUUCCCACUGAUGCAGAUAUUAUCUGCCAAUUUAAACAGGCUGAAGGCGUUGCUGCACACAGACAAAAGGAUUUUAAGAGUGAGAUACAGUGCAAGAGCACAAGCACAUGGCUUGAGUCUGUGAAUCCGCAGUACGAGGGAUUCAUUUUUGAUGAUCCAGUUCAGUAUCAAAAAGUGGAUAAUGAUGAUGCUUAUAAUCCUCUGUAUAAUGACCUUGUCCAAGAAGAAAUUGAAUCAUCCAAAUUGAAAUCUUAUCAACUCCGAUAUAGAGCGGAGUCAGAAAAAUGGAGUAACGUAACAGAAGACACGAGUCCAAAAGUAUUGGAAAAAGAAACAGCUGAUCUUCCCUUUCGAAGCUACCCAAAUGAUGCAGAUACUGUUGAUACCUACCAACAGGAAGAAAGUGGUUUUCUUAGUCAGAAUAAAUCAAAGGAUAGCUUAAAGGAAUAUGAUAAAAUGAACUUUGAAGGGGAAACUUGUAUGUGCCAUCAGGUGUCUUCUAAAAACAGUGAAGAGAAUGAGGGUAUUUAUGAUCAAGGUCAGAGAACUGAUAAUACCGAAAGGCACGUCCUUGAAUUCAGCGAGGUGCAAGAAGCAGACAACAGAACUUGGGAGAAGUCAGCAAACCAAGUGGCUGUGGAAACCGCUUCCUUGGUGUUGUCAUCCAAAGACUGGGAAAUUAAGACAAACCUUGUGGGAAUACGACAAUCAUUUGAUAACACAGAUGAUGCUCCUCUAGAUCCGGGAAUCCAGCAUGACCAAAACCACUUACAAGGCACAGAAAACCAGAGUAUAACAGGAGAUAGUGGGAUAGAUUCUCCCAGAACACAAAGUAUGGUAUCUGCUAAUUCUGUCAUCUUGUAUGGACUGAAGAAAAGAAGAAGCUUCCUCAAGAACUUAGAGGAGAUAGAGAAGAUUUUGCACAGCAGGAAGUCUCUUACCCCAAACUCCUUGCUUCAGUUGACACCAGUGAUGAAUGUUUAAUUUUUCCUCCUUUUUUAACCAAGUUUGUAAGCCUGUUUGUAAAUCUAAUAAUGUAUUUGCUGUAAAUGUCUUAAACUAACACAUGUGCUAAUAUAGGUAAGAUGUUGGCUAUUUCUUCCAUAAAAUGUACGAAUACUUUGUAAUAAACAUUUUUACUGUUUUUUACUGCUGUUUUUGAUAACAAUAAGCUCAGAUCCUAGUAAUUUCAGGGAUGGCGCAGUAAUGAUUUGACUUUGCUUUUUGUGAUUUUUUUUCUAUUUGCUUGUUGUUGUUUAUUUACAUAUCUGAAUUAUUAUUCGAACCCAAUGUUUAAAGUGGGGCAUAGAAGAACUCACAUUUUUGAGAGCUGAAAACAACUUUGAAGAGAAAAUACUAUACACUACUUGCUAGUUAGGAUCCUGAAGAGGAAAUCAUAGGCAAAUAUAUAUAAAAACCAAAACAGUUGCAAGUAGAAAUUGUAAAGUUAGAUUUGUACAUCCUAAGAAAGUCAAAUCAUAUUUUAGAUCUUAGAUACCCCUAGAAUGUGCCCAAUUUGUCCCUUCAGUGUACCAUGGAUACCUCACUAAUCUUCUUCAACUCAGGCAAUUAGUUAUCUCUUUCACUCUUGGAGAACUAAGAAAAAAAAGUGUUUAUUCAUUAGUUUAUGUGAAAUACAUUUUUUUAAAAUAAAGCUAGACCAGCGGUUCUCGACCUAUGGGUCGCGACCCCAUUUGGGGUCGAUCGACCAUUUCU